CACAACAGCAACUUAAAAGAGAAUAAUCCAGAAGAGAGUAAUGAUGGUAAAGCAUCUCUGGAAACUCUUCAAGGGGAAGCUGGAGAAAGGCAACAGGUGGUGGCCAUUUUGAUGCCCUCUCCACAAGUGGAAUCUAAAGUUAGUCCAGAGUCCCCUGGCUCCAUCUGCAGUAAUCAACAGCACACUGCAAAAACAGAACUCAAAGAUUCCAGUCACAACAAUCUUCCAACAGCAACAAGUCCUGGAGAACAAAAGCACAAUGAAACACCUCCUGCACUGGAGUUAAAUCAACCCAGUAGCCACCAGGGCAUGUGUGAAAGUGAACGGACAAUAACAGGAGAUGUUUUUGAUAAACCCCAAACAGUGUCUGUUGGAUUCGAGGCGAAGCCAAUUGAUCCCGAAGCUCUUCCAGUUGAAAAGGCAUCUUGGUCAAAUGUAUCUGAGUCUGCAAGAGACAGUGUGCAAGACAGGCGCCUGACAACUCAAAUAAACCAAAAAGUAGAAGAAAGUUUUCCUAGCAAGGGAGCCUUAAGUGAGUUCAGGCAGGAGGUUUAUGAUUCUCUGGAUUCAGAGAGUCUUUGGGAAGAAAAAAAUCUCAGCUAUGCCUUUGCCAAAGUGCCUGAUACAAGCAAGCAGCCAAGUAGUUUAUGCAAUCUGACAGGCAGCCCAGAUGAAAGUGCUGUUGGUGUUACAGAGUACGUUCCAGAGAUGCAGAAAACAGUCACUGCCAAUGCUGAACAGCCAGAGACCUUGCUAGUGGGUUUUGAAAUAAAUGGCUCUGAUGACAAUUAUAAAUCGAACAGCGUUGACCUUAACCUACCAACAGAACCGGAAGAAAAAGGUUCAAACAUAGAAAUAAAUGAGAAUCCAAGUUUAAAGGAGGAAACCACCCCCAAAGAUGAACCUGGAGAAAUAAAUUAUGAAAAGGAGUUGAUUUUCACAGCUGCUGAAAAAGCAGGAAUACAGAAAUAUCCUCCUGUGUCAUCUGGACUCACAGUAAUCCCUGCCAGUAGUACUUUGCACAAAACAGACCAUAUUGAAAAGCUGGAGUUUCUACCUGUUGGCUCACAAGCAGAACUAAGAGGGCUUUCUGUGCCAGCAUUUUCACAUGAUCAACAAACCAGAAUAAACCAGGAACCUACAAAUGGCAUGAAUGAUGUCAUUGUGGGCGAAUUACAAAACAAGGAACUCGAAGUCACAGCCUGCCAAAAUAUCUUAGGUACCACUCCCAGUUUACAGACUGUUGCUGGAGCUGCUACACCCAUACACCUAGGUGAUGUUUUAGCAGAGGAAGGCUCAACAGAUCAAAGAAUGUCUGAAGUGCUAAAUUCAGACAACAUUCCUUCAGAGACAGUCCCAGAGAAAAAGUGUGUGAUUCCAGACCAAGGGUCCCAAUCAGAAGAGAGUGCACCACUGGCAGAAAUUCUACCAGCUCCCUUGCAAGACUCUUGUGAGACAGGGCAGUUAGAAGGAAGUUUGUCACCAUUUAAUUUUGAGAAGCUGCAGACUGAGAUCUCUGCAAUUAAAACAAAAGGAGCAAAAAGUGAUGUAAACUUCAAAGCCCAGCAGUUUGACAGCUCGGUAAAUUCUCUCUUCAGCCUUUCAAGCUUAGAAGAGAAGCUUCUAAGCCUUUCAUCUUCUGGUAAGCAAGCAGGCUGUAAUGAGGGUACGGCAACAAAUAUCGGCUGUGUAGAUGACAAGUGCAGUACGAUCACAGAAAGCACAGGGAAAGCAGGAAACAGCAAAUGCACUUUUGCAGAGGAUUUCAGCAUCCCCAAGAUGGAAAUAGAGACCUCCAAGCAGUCCACAGCGACUUCCGAAAAAGAGCAGAACGACCUGUCUUCCAGGACCUUUGGCAUUGGCUUUUUUGAUUUCAGAAAGCAUAUAAGCAAAAUAUUUGAGAAGACAGUGCCAAGUGCUUCGACAGCAGAGUUGGCUCCCCUUUCAGCUGAAACCAGUACAGGUGAAGGAGACAGCCUGGCAGCUAAAGAAAUAAGUGAGUGCAAGCAUGGAUUGAGCAAAGGGGAUGAAGUCAACAGAAAUAGAGAAGCAGGCUGUGACCAGACAACAGAAGGAUGCAUGUUACCAUCAGAAGCUGGGGCACUUGAAAGAUCUGCUGAGGAAAAGAUAUUGCAGGGGGGAAAGCCAGUGACAAUCACUCCAGAAUACUACUUGCCAGGUGCCUUUUCGGAAGAUAUCACUAUCCAGAAAUCCUGUUUAAGUGAAGAACCUUUGACAAGUGCACCAAAGGUAGACUGUCAGGUGGAUAGCUUGAGCAGUAGCAAGGGGACAGCAGAAGAAUGUGGAUGUGUUAGUGCUAUAAGCAGUGACAAUGAUGUGAAUCAGGUGAGCUUGGAAGCAGAAGUGCAGCAUCCAGUAAAUUCUCAUACCUCAGAAACAGAUCAUUUACUGUCUGGUAAUGAAGUCUCUUUAUGUAUCUUUGCCUCAAAAGGAGAGGUUCUAGAGAGUGAUUUUGACAAAACAACAAUGGCAGAAGUGAAGGAAAGCAAUUUAAUUAGUCAGUGUGACACAGGUUUAUCUAAGGAAGAGCUAAUACAUUAUGGAAACCAACAGCACUACCCAAUGCCUGGUGAAGACAAGGGAAAUGAAGAGAAUGUUGUUGAUUUAGGUGACACAUCAGCAUUGCCAUCUCUUCUUGAUAGUCUUGAUGUUCACCAAGAACAACAGCCCAGGAUAUUGCCUGCGGAAGACCAGCAAAACUCCACCUGCAGUGAUCUUUUGGAUGAAAAUACAGUUAAUGACAAAGUAUUCAUGACACCAAAAGCCCUGGAAUGUACAGAAUUCUUGCCCAUUUUAGUUGAUGCACCAGAACAAGAGAAAAUACAGGACACAGCAAUACAUGGAUUAAUAGAUUACCUCAAAAAUGAAAUGGAUCCUAAUGGUUCCUCCAUAGGUGAUGGCAAACCAGAACACAGCAGUGUGAGUGAGGCUGGUGUAGAAGAAACAGAUGACACCAAGUUGAGCACCAUAGAAAAUGAACCAUGUAUUUCUAUUGACACCCCUAAAACAGGUAUUACAGGGACAUUAUUCACCAACGACCAUGACUCAGUUUUGCAAACUACCAAAUGCAAACAGGAGGCUGAUGCAACAAAGCUUUCUGAAGCCAUUCAAAGAAGGGAGCAAAAUGUAUGUAUAGAUGAUGAAGCUGCUUCUGCAAGUCAAUGCAAAGAAGAACAUUUGGCAGAUGAGAAGUCCCUUUUGGAUGUCCAGGAAAAAGGGUCAAGCACUUCGCUCAGUGAAUAUGAACAGUGUCUCCCUAGUGAAUCUCAGAACAUGGCUACAGAUGAAUUACUUCCCGAAAGCAAUUUUCGUGAGCUCUGUCAUUCUCUCCUUGCUGUACCUGAGAAGGACUCUAUAGCCGUAGCAGUCAAAGACAUCUCAAAUGAGGAAAGAGAUGACAUCAGAGUAGAAAGCUCCUCUCUCUCUGUGGAUAUCGUCAAACAGGCACCAGAUGUGGCUACAUCUGAACAGCCACUAACUACUGUUCUUUCUGAUGAACAUGAGACUGCUCAAGUUUCUGCUGAUCUUACCGAACCAAGGAGUUCAGAUUCUGAAGAAGCAUUUGAGACGCCAGAAUCCACGACACCUGUGAAGGCCGCACCUCCACUACCAUUGUCACCACCUGAAAUUGCAGCAUUUGACAUAGAAGAACAGGAAGUAAAGCCACAGCUUCCACCAGAGGACACAGGAAUUUGUUCUGAUACAGUAUCAGUAACUGAUGUUUCACUCAACGAGUCAACUGAAGAAAGCCCAUUCCAUCCUCCUCCCCAUUCGUUUUCUACUGUUUUUGAUGAAGACAAGCCUAUUGCAAGCAGUGGGACUUACAACUUAGACUUUGAUAACAUUGAGGUUGUUGAUUCUUUGCAAGCAGCAGAUCCUAGCUGUCUAGACAUCAGAAGCCGUGACUCCAAGUCACAUGUUCGAAGGAAAUCUACAGAUUCUGUUCCAGUCUCCAGAUCUACUUUGUCUCGGUCGCUUAGUCUUCAAGCCGGUGAUUUUGAUGGAGCAUCUUUUCUCGGAAAUAACGAGACAGCCGGUUCAGCAACAGACACAUUCAGUACUGGUUCAAGCAGUGCUUCCAGUACUCUUAAGCGUACAAAGAAACCUAGGCCCGCUUCCUUAAAGAAAAAACAGUUGGGGAAAAAGUCUCUUGAUGUUCCACCAGUGAAAGAGCCAGAACCAUCUGAGGCCCAGCAAGAUUCAGUUGUCCCAAGUGAAGAAAAAGCGUCUGAGGAGAGCUUGGAGCUCAGUGGAGCUGAGUGCACUCAGCCUGCCCACAGUGCUGCUGGAACGGAGGAAAAGGAGGAGGCUCCUAGUGCUCCAGAAACAACCUAUACCUUAGACCCAAGUAACACUGAGGAAAUUAGCACAUUUGGUGCUGGAGACAACAAAGUACAGAACUCUCCCCCUGCCAACAAGAAAGCCUCCCCUCUAAAAACGGCACCGGAAGCCGUGGAGGUAACACCUUCGGACACUGGAGGACAAGAAGAUCCUCCAGUGAAAGGCUUAGCAGUGAGGCUGGAAUUUGAUUAUUCCGAGGAGAAAGGCAGUGGGGAGGAGCAUCAAGGAAGCCCCCCUUUGCCCAAAAAAGUGGGCAAAAAGCCUGGUGCCAAAAUGCCGCUCAGGAAGCCAAAGUCAAAAAAGACUGAGGAGAAGCUCGACAAUGCUCCCACAACGCCGACUAAGGCCCCUGCCGAUCCAAAUGAAAUCCCUCUUCCCAAGGGCAGUUACACUUUUGAUAUUGACAAAUGGGAAGACCCAAACUUCAAUCCCUUUUCUUCCACUUGCAAAAUGCAAGAGUCGCCUAAACUGCCUCAGCAGAUGACAGCAACGUACACCUUUGAUCCAGACAUGUGUGAGGACUCCAUUGACCCUUUCAAGACUUCGUCAAAGGUAGCCAGCUCUCCCACAAAAUCUCCCGCCUCCUUUGAAAUACCAGCUAAUGCCAGUGAAAUCAAUGGGACUGAAGGAGAUGGCCUCAAUAAACCUGCAAAAAAGAAGAAAACGCCACUCAAGACGAUGGUUGAAGACGUGAUGUCUGUAUGUUCUCUGUUUGAUACUUUUAGGGUGAAAAAGUCACCGAAAAGAUCUCCUCUUUCUGAUGCUCCUUCACAGGACUCCAUAGUGCUGCCUGCUGCGGAAACACCUUCUUCUGUGGUGUGCACUGUGGUUCAUGCAACAGAUGAGGAAAAACUGGCAUCCUCAGCUGGCAGCCAGAAGUGGACUUGUAUGACAGUGGAUCUAGAUUCAGAUAAGCAGGAUUACCCUCAGCCGUCGGAUCUGUCAACUUUUGUAAAUGAAACCAAGUUCAGUUCUCCCACAGAAGAGCUGGAAUAUGGGAACUCAUACGAAAUAGAAUACAUGGAGAAAAUAGGCUCCUCUAUAUCUCAGGAUGAUGAUGCUCAGACAAAACAGUCUUUGUACCUUAUGUUCGAUGCACAGCAGGAAAGUCCAGUCAAGUCUCCUCCAGUCCGAAUAUCUGAUUCUACCACUCCUUGUUCUGGUUCAAGCUUGGAAGAAACAGAAACUCAGUUGUCCUCCGGAAUGAAGCUACAACAUCCAGCUUCACGAUCCCUGGCUGCUAGCCAAGAGUCAUCAUCGCAGUCGCCUGACAAAUCAAAGCCAAAAGAACUGGAGCCCAUGACCUUAGGUAGCACUUCAAACAACACUGACAUAACUACACCUGAGGACCCCUUUGCCUCUGCUGAUGCUCUUCUCAGUAGGAUAUCUCAUCCACCCUCAAUGUGUGAUCAGCUACAGUAUCUAGAGCCUGACUUAGCAGAAAAGAACCCCCCAAUAUUUGCUCAGAAACUUCAGGAGGAGUUAGAGUUUGCGGCAAUGCGGAUAGAAGCCCUGAAGCUAGCCAGACAAAUUACCCUGUCUUCCUUCAGCUCCUCAGAUGCUGAGAGAGAUCCUGCAGUUUCAGCUGAUGUUUCCAUCUCUAAAAGUGCCCUGUACUCUCGGAUAAGCAGCUCGGAGGGAGAAAAUACCUCAAGUUUGCUCUAUCAACAGCAAGACUUAGAUUCUGCCUUGAGAAUUGCCCGGGAGGAGAUUGUAGCUAAGGAGAGAGAAGUAUCAGAAUGGAAAGAGAAAUAUGAAGAAAGCAGGAGGGAGGUCAUGGAAAUGAGGAAAAUUGUUUCAGAGUAUGAGAAGACAAUCGCUCAGAUGAUAGGCAAGCCUGAAGAUGAGCAGAGAGAAAAAUCCAUGUCUCAUCAUACAGUCCAGCAGCUAAUUAUGGAAAAAGAGCAAGCAUUGGCAGACUUGAACUCUGUGGAAAAAUCUCUAGCAGAUCUUUUUAGAAGAUAUGAAAAAAUGAAAGAAGUUCUUGAAGGAUUUAGAAAGAAUGAAGAAGUAUUAAAGAAAUGUGCACAAGAAUAUUUAUCACGAGUUAAAAAAGAAGAGCAGAGAUACCAAGCCCUCAAAGUCCACGCAGAAGAAAAACUAGACAGAGCCAAUGCUGAAAUUGCACAAGUUCGUGGCAAGGCUCAGCAAGAGCAAGCAGCUUACCAAGCCAGCCUCCGCAAAGAGCAACUGAAAGUGGAUGCAUUGGAAAGAACACUGGAACAAAAGAAUAAAGAAAUAGAAGAAUUGACAAAGAUUUGUGACGAACUGAUUGCUAAAAUGGGGAAAAGCUAACUUUUAACCAAAAUCCUGGACUUCAACCUUGAGUGCAAUAUGACCAUUGGCACACUGAUGUCCACAUUUUGAUGUGCACAGGAUCUAUUUUCACUUUUUUGUAUGCACUACUGUAUUUUUUUUCUUUCUUAAUAAUGUUGAUUUGAUUGUAUGCAGUACUAAGAAAGACUAUCAGAAUUCCUUGCUAUUGUUUGCAGUUUUUUUUCCUAGUAUAAUCCAUAGCAAGUUGAUCUCAAAAGUUCCUGUAUCAGGGAGAUUUGUCAACUUCUUUACUUAAAAAAAAUGACAGUUGCUCAUCCUAGCCUUCCCUUUGUACAUGAGUUCCCAUGUUGGAUGUCUUUUUUUGGAUUUAAUAUAAAUGUGUAUUACUUGCAUGGGGACUCUUGCCUUAAGGAGUGUAAAUUUGAUCUGCAUUUGCUGAUUUGUAAAAUAAAAUGAAAAUUUGAAAACCUAA